UUACAAAAGGUGAGUGGUAGCAAUUUUUAAAAUUUUUUCCAUAAAAUAGCACUCAACUCUUAAAAAAUUAACUACGAUAACAUAAUUUCGUAAAAAAAAAACAAAAAAAUAAAAAAAUAAAAAAUUGCUGAUGAUGAGAAAUUGAAUGGAAUAACUCAAAUUUCAAAGAUCAUCAAGGUAAGAACACAAAAACCCAGAAAAUAACUGUAAACAAAAACCCAGAAAAGAAAGAAGAAAACCCAAACCUAACUUAAAGCCUUGAAAUAAUGGAGUUUUUGUUCCCUCUGAGACGUUGGUGUUACUGGUGAUGAAGUUUCUGGUAGAUUUUGAAAUAUUUGUAUAUAUUUUGUAUUGACUAAAUAUAGCAUUAGUUACCUAACUUAUAGCCUUGCCAAAUUAAAAGCCUAGAUUAUAACCUAAUUAAUUAAAAGCGGUGUAAUAGCUAAUUCAUGGUGUAUAUAUUGCCUAAUAAUGGAAUGAGAGAGACACAGAAUGAUAUUCUUUCAUGGUAUCAGUAUACUAGGUUUUCUUUUCACGCUUUCGCAUCCUCUUUCUUUUCUUCUUCUUAUACUGCUUUCGAUUUGUACCAUUUCUUUUCCAUCAACAUGGGCGAAUUGAAAUCAUCUCAUUCCUUCCACCCGGCUCUUGCUGUCUCUAACAUCAAGACCCAUUUUCCAAUCACCCUUGAGAUGGAGAACGUUCAGUAUGCGAAUUGGGCAGAAUUGUUCAAGGUUCAUUGUCGGUCUCAGAGAGAAGAAAAACUCCAUUAUCACACCAUCGUCAAUAUCGAACAUUUAUCGAAUGAGAUAGAGAUUCAGAAAUUCAAAAAGAAAGAUAAAGAGAUUAAAGAUGAAGGACAACAGAGUAAGCAAUCAACCAUUGUUGGAACUCCAUCAUCAACAACAUCAACACCAAGAUCAACAGAAAGAGGAGAAAUCCAUGAUCAUACGAUAAUCAAUAUUGGGCAAGUUAAAGAUGAAGAAAAAGAAAUUGAAGGUGGUAUCGUGAUUCUUACAAAUCCAGAAGCAGAGUUUCAACAUAUGAUGAUCAUAGGAUCUUCACCAAGAAGAAGAAAUCAUCCUCACAUGUGUACAGAAGAUUCCCCUCUUCCCAAUGAAAAUGAUGAUUUCAGUCACAACAAACGUCGAAUCCGUGAUCGAAUUCAUCUUUUAGAUGGGAAUCCUAAUGACGGAUGCGGUUUUGCCUGUAGUGUUUACGCUGUUAUUAUCUUCUGUAUCGUGCUAUUAUGGUUGCUUGCUUUCCGAGUGUAUCUCGAUCUGAGAAUCGAGGAUGGUAGGAUGAUUAAUAAAACAUCUACCGAAAGGGAUGUUUUUCUGAAUGACACUGAAGGAACUCUGAGCCGAAUGGCUAUCUUGGCAGUCGCAAAUUCACCUAACCCCAACAUUCAGUUCAUGCUUUCACUGAUGGGGCUUGCAGGUGAUACUUCUCUGGUGAGCAGCAGUAAGUGACGCGCUCCUCUGAUCUGUGUAUCGACCAUUUAGCUUCAAACCUGUUUCAUUGGUAGCUAGACAUAUCAGAUCAUAUUAUUUUUGUAUUUUGGUUCCAAUAAUAGUUUAGGCAAUGUCAUAUAAUUGUGUACUAGUAUUUUUGUGUCCUCCCCUUAUCUUUGGGUAAUAAAUGCAGUAGCUCGUGCUAAUUGAGACAUCAAAAAAUUUACAUGAUUGAAUGUUUGUACAUUAUAUGCCAUUGAAUUCUACAACAACAGUAAUGAUAGUGCAAAAGUUGUAACCCAAAAGAUUUGA